AACACAACAAAAAGACAAUCUCUGCCCCAAAGAGCUUACAGUCAGAUAGCCCCACUGGAAAUGUACAGCCGUCACUUGAUGGCAGGUGUCGGUCAAGCGCCCACCUGUCCGAAGUAAUGGGGGGCAGUUAUGCUGUCUUUCAGCUUUGAGUGGUUGAUGGGAUGCAGAGGAACAGGGCCCCUCCUUUACCCUGCCCCCAUGCCUUCUGUGGGGGAAUGUUUGCCCCUCGACGCUCUGCUUGGAGAGGUGGCUUCAGGCUCAUAACAUCAGUCGUGCUGUGAUGCAGGCAGUGUGUAGGCUAGAAGUGUCCUGACACCCAACCCAAAUUGUGCUGUCUAGCACACAGGAUUUCAAGCCAAGAUGAGCCCUACUUCAGCAGAUGAUGGGACAGCGAGCAAAGAGAAGGAGAAGCCCCAGAAGGGAUGUUUGGAGAAGCUGGAGCCACAAGGGAUGUCAUCGGUGAAAUCAGAAGAGGAGGUUUUGCAGAGCCUACCGCAGGGAGCGGCUGCACAGCUAGCUAGCCCUGCUGUGAUCAGAGUGGAGAAAUCCACCCAGUGCGACCGAGACUUCGGCCUGCUGAAGGGCUUUGUGGUGCAGCCGAGGGAGAAGCCCUUUGCCUGCAGUGAAUGCGGGAAAAGCUUCCGGCUGAAGGGGAAUUUUGUCAAACACCAGCGGAGCCACGCCAAGGUGCGGCCCUACAAGUGCAGCGAGUGCGAGAAGAGCUUCAACUGCCAGUCGGAGCUGCUGCGACACCAGAUGAUUCACCGCGGGGAGAAGCCCUACAAGUGCAGCGAGUGCGAGAAGAGCUACAGCCGCAAGGUGUAUCUGCUCAACCACCAGCGCGUGCACACAGGGGAGCGGCCCUUCCAGUGCACGGUGUGCGAGAAAAGCUUCCGGCAGAAGGCCGUGCUCAUCUCGCACCAGCGCCUGCACACUGGUGAGCGCCCCUACAAGUGCACCCAGUGUGGUAAGAGCUUCACUCAGCAGUCCAAGCUGACCAACCACUACCGCAUCCACACUGGCGAGCGCCCCUACAAGUGCACCCAGUGCGACAACAGCUUCAGCGAGAAGUCCAAGCUUAACAACCACUACCGCAUCCACACGGGAGAGCGGCCCUACAAGUGCACCGAGUGCGGGAAGAGCUACUGCCGCAAGGAGUAUCUGCUCAACCACCAGCGCCUGCACACCGGCGAGCGGCCCUUCCAGUGCACUGAGUGCAGCAAGAGCUUCAUGCUCAAGAGAAGCUUCAUGAAGCACCAAAGAAAUCACGUGGAAGAGAGACCCCACCAGGGCAGCCCUGUUGCUAAAAGCCAUGAUGAGUCUGUUAACCAUCAGGGUAAUGACCUGGGAGAAGGGCUGAAACACCACAUUGAGUGUGGGAAAAGCUUCAUGGGGAAGCCUGAGCUAGAGAGACACCAGCAGGUCCAUGUCAGGGAGCGGCCACAUCAGUGUGGCACAUGUGAGAAAAGCUUCCGAUAUGAGGAAUCUCUUAAAGAACAUCAGAGUUUCCACAGCACAGAGCAAGGGCAUCCAGAGGUUUCUCAGAGCCCUAGACAGGGAGCAGAGGCCGGACUCCUGGUUGUAAAGAUGGAAGAUACGUGGUAG